CCGAAAACAGACGUCAUUCAAAUAAAAGAGCGACUUCUGGAACCUUCGACGGAAUUCUCCAGGCGCUGAGAGGAAACAUGCGUCGGUCUUAAGACCGAACUCUCUCCUCCUCCAAGUGAACAUCGAGCAGCUUUGGGAUCUCUGAGAUUAGGCGAAACUGAAGAAGCGAAAGAGAGAAGCGGAGGGAGGGAUGGGAGUGGAUUACUACAAGGUCCUUCAGGUUGAUCGCAGCGCCAAGGACGAUGACCUCAAGAAAGCUUACAGAAAACUCGCCAUGAAGUGGCAUCCCGACAAGAACCCUACCAACAAAAAGGAGUCUGAAUCCAAGUUCAAGCAGAUCUCCGAAGCUUACGAGGUGCUCAGCGAUCCUCAGAAGAGAGCAAUAUACGAUCAAUACGGGGAGGAAGGGUUGAAGGGGAAUGUACCACCUCCUGAUGCAGGGGGAGCCACCUUCUUCUCGACAGGGGACGGCCCCACCUCCUUCAGGUUCAACCCAAGAAGUGCUGACGAUAUUUUCGCUGAGUUCUUUGGGUUCUCAAGCCCAUUUGGUGGGGGUGGAAGAGGAGGAUCCAGAUUCUCCAGCAUGUUUGGAGGUGAUGAUAUGUUUGCUUCCUUUGGAGGAGGUGGUGGUGGGUCGAUGCAUCAUCAGGGUGGAGCCAGGAAGGCUGCUCCCAUCGAGAACAAGUUGCCCUGUAGCCUUGAAGAUCUAUACAAGGGUACCACCAAGAAGAUGAAGAUCUCCCGGGAGAUUGCUGAUGUCAGCGGUAAAACGAUGCAGGUGGAAGAAAUUCUGACAAUAGACGUCAAACCCGGGUGGAAAAAAGGCACAAAGAUCACAUUCCCAGAGAAAGGAAACGAGCAGCCUGGCGUGAUCCCGGCUGACCUUGUCUUCGUCAUAGAUGAGAAGCCCCAUUCCGUGUUCACCCGUGAUGGAAAUGACUUGGUAGUCACCCAAAAGGUCGCCCUGACAGAGGCCCUGGCUGGCUACACGGUGAAUCUCACGACCUUGGACGGACGGAGGCUGACCAUCCCAAUCAACAAUGUGAUCCACCCUGAAUACGAGGAGGUGGUUCCAAAGGAAGGGAUGCCUCUGCAGAAAGAUCCCGCUAGGAAAGGGAACUUGAGAAUCAAGUUUGUCAUCAAAUUCCCGGCAAGAUUGACAGUGGAUCAGAAGGCCGGAAUCAAGAAGCUUCUGGGGUAGGGUGAUCGUCUUCCCCGUGCCCUUGUCUUCUUAUUCUUCUUGGUGAACGUUGGACAGGAGAAAAAGAUGGAAGAAAGGGUCAGACUUUCGUGUUGUGCUAUAGCAUACAGAAGAGCAGAAGAUGUAUGAUUUAUGUAAUACUUUUUGGUCUGGUCUAAUAAUAUACGAGACAUUCAUGUCUGUGUAA